GAGCUGGAGGUGUCAUGGCGGCCGUUGAGGUGGCAGCUGGAUCUGGAGGCCUUACAGCUGAUUGAACAACCCCGGCCGGGACGGCUGGCCGGUAGAAAUCCUACGAUAAGAGCCUUUUUAAGACCCCAAAAAGUCACCCGGCAGCUCCUUGAAACGGCUAAACCGAGGGACGGACCGGACUUGGGUGGGGGAAAGCGGCGUCGGAGACCCCAGCUGAUUGUUACUCUCUUUCCCCGAGGACUGGGUUGAGCCUUGACUGGGAUGUCGUCGUGGCUGGGGGGCCUCGGUGCGGGUUUCGGCCAGUCCCUGGUGGGGCAGGUCGGCGGCAGCUUGUCGACACUGACCGGACAGAUCUCCAGCUUCACCAAGGAUAUGCUGUUAGAAGGGACAGAAGAGGUGGGAGGUCCUGCGGUUGAUUUUCCUGUAUCUGACAAUAGUCUGAGAGAUGUAGAAAGUCUUCAUUCCACACUGAGAUCAGAGAAUGACAGGUUGAAAAAGUUUUGUAAUGACCUUGAAGAAAAGAACGAAGUAGCAGAGCUUCAAAUAAAGCAAAAAUCUAUAGAUUAUCGUAAUCAGCUACAGCAGAAAGAGGUGGAAAUCAGCCAUCUCAAAGCCAGGCAGAAUGCUUUACAAGAGCAACUACAGAAAAUGCAGUCAGCUGCUCAUUCAUCACAGUUGAAACCAGUUGUUUCUCCAUCAGCCACUACAUCAGCUUCUUUUCCUGUUGUUAGACAUCAUUCUUCUGAUUUUCAUAGAGAUGAUAUGGAUUUUGGAGAUGUGAUCUGGUCUCAACAGGAAAUAAACAGACUGUCCAGUGAAAUUUCUAGGCUCGAAUCUGAAGUUGAACACUGGAAGCAGAUUGCACAGUUUUCUAAGCCUCAAGGAGAAAAUAGUACAGAUCAAAAUGAAAUCUGCAAGCUGCAAAAUAUUAUCAAGGAACUGAAACAGAAGUUGAGCCAAGAAAUAGAUCAGCACCAGCAUGAGCUUUCAGUAUUGCAAGAUGCACAUCAUCAAAAAUUAGCAGAGAUAAGCCGACGUCAUAGAGAAGAACUAAGUGAAUAUGAAGAACGAAUAGAUGAAUUGGAGGAUCAAUUACAGAAAGUUGAUGGAAAUACUGAAGCGUCUUCUGAAAAAGAUCUACAAAAUGGAUCAAAAUCACCAAACCUGAGUAACUUACAAAAUAAAGUGGAAAGUUUAAGUCAACAAUUGUCUUCAGCAGAAGAAGAGAAAGACAUUCUCUUGAAAGAACUUGAAUUUGUAAGAAAAGAGAAAAAUCAAGUAAGAGAAGAAUACGAAAGGCUAAAAUCUGAAUGCAGUAAAUUCCAAAUAUCUAUUCCUGAAAAACAGGACGAUGUAAAAGUAGAGGAAGUCCCUAGUUUUGUAGAAGAAUCGUUGAAGGCUGAAGUGGAACGAUUGCAACAAGCACUACUUGAUGCAGAAAGUGAAAUAACAAAAUUGAAAACAUUAAAUCAGGGAGAAGUUAACAAAGAAAUGGGAAGUUUACAACCUGUUAGUACUAUAAAAGGACAGAACUUGGAAAAUCAGCUAGAACACAUGCUAAAGAAGCAAUAUGAAUUGAAUGAAAGCAGUGCUGAAAAAGAAACUCUAAUAGCGGAAUUGGAAGAACUGGACAAGCAGAACCAAGAAGCUACCCAGCAUAUGAUUAUGUUAAAGGAACAACUAGUCAAACAAAGUGCAGAAGCUGCUGAAGUUAUCAGCCAACUAAAACUGGAUGUAAAAUCUGGGGAAAAUACAGUAUCUAUGUUGGAGGCAGAGAAAAUGGAAAUGAGCAAAGAGGUGCAAAACCAGAAAGAAGCAUUGAAUCAAUGCUCACUUGCCCUUAAUGAUUUGCACAUGACUAACCAAUAUCAGGAAAAUAAAAUAAAAGAGUUAAAAGAACAACUUAAAACAUCCCAACAUUAUAGCUUCAAAAAUGAACAGGAAAUUAUGAAAUUAAAGAAAAAUCUAACUGAAAGAGAAGAAGAAUGUUCUCUUCUCAAAAACGAAUUAACCAAGAUACAUCAGAAAUCUGAUAGUUAUCAAGAUCAUUCAGCCACUGAAAGAGAAGAAGAAAUAUCAGACCUGAAGCAGCAAAUUUCUAAAAAUAAACUAAUAAAUACAGAUUUGGAGAAAUCCAUCAUGAAUCUUCAAACAGAAAAGGGAAGACUUCAUUUAGCAUGUGAGGAACUUAAACAGCAGUUGCAAAUAGCUAAUAGUGAGAAGGGUAAAAUUGGUUUUGAAAAAGAUACUAUGCUGGAAGCUUUGAAACUUGAGAAGGGACAGUUAGAAAGAGAAUUAAACCAAUCUGAAAAACGAUUGUUGGAGCAGGCUCAUAAAUAUGAACAGACCAUUGAGGAGUUAUCAAAUGCACGUAACAUGGAUACCACUGCAUUACAAUAUGAACAUGAACGGUUAGUAAAACUUUCUCAAGACAAAGAGUUUGAGAUAGCAGAUCUCAAAAGGAACAUUGAACAGAUGGAAAUGGAUCAUGAAGAAACUAAAGAGAUGUUAACCACUAGCUUAGCUGGCCAGAAACAACUGACAGAGCUCAUAAAAGAGAAAGAAGUCUUUGUUGAAAAAUUUAAAAUCAGAGCUUUUGAGUUAGAGCAGCAACAUGACGAUUAUAUUGAGAACAUGAAAAGAAUUGAGGCACUGAAGCAGAAUUUAGAGGAAAGGGAGAAAAGUCUUUCAGCUAUGAAAGAAGAGACCAGUCAUUUGAAAGAAGAGAAUGAGCGAUUAAAAGAACAACAAAGUAGGUCCCCUUCUUUGGCUGAGCCCAAAACAUUGGAUAUCAUCACAGAGCUUGAAGCAGAAAUAACACAAUUAACUAUACUUAAAAAUAGUCUUGAAGAAGAGAUUAAAUUAAACAAAAAGACAUUUGAGGAUCAGAAUUUGAAAAUGGCUCAACUACAGCAAUCCCUACAAGAAUACAGAAAGGAAACCGAGGAAUCAAAAUUUCAGCAUGAACAAAUGAACAUAGUACAUAGGCAGGUAUGCAUGGAGAAGGAUGAAGAAAUCAAAAGCCUACAGAGGACAGUAGAACAAAUUAAAACACAACUGAACAACCAAGGAAAGGUAAUUCAGCAAGACCCUCCUGAUCUUUUUCAGGAAUCUAAAGUUCAGACACUCAAUGGUGAAAAUGGGAAUGAGAAGCAUGACCUAUCUAAGGUUGAAAUUGAAAGGCUGAUAAAAGGCAUUAAGGAGAGAGAAAUGGAAAUCAAGCUUCUGAAUGAAAAGAACGUUUCACUAAGUAGACAGAUUGACCAAUUAUCUAAAGAUGAAGUUGGCAAACUUACACAGAUCAUUCAAGAAAAAAACUUAGAAAUACAAGCACUGCAUGCAACGGUUUCCUCCUCAUCUUACAAGCAAGAUGUUAUUUUCCUUCAACAGCAAUUACAGACCUAUGCCAUGGAACGAGAACAAGUGCUAGCAGUUCUUAGUGAAAAAACUAGAGAAAACAGUCAGUUAAAAACAGACUAUCACAAAUUAGUGGAUAUUGUUGCAGCUAAGGAAUCAACCAUGAAAAAGUUACAAGAAGAAAACCAAAAGCUAUCCAGCGAAUUUGAAAGUAGCAGUCAUGAUAUGUCUCGAGAAACUAUAAAGAACUUAUCCCGUAUCAUCCGAGAGAAAGAUAUUGAGAUUGAUGCUUUAAGUCAGAAAUGUCAAACUUUAUUAACUGUCCUGCAGUCUUCCAGUAUAAACUCAGGCAGUGAGUUACCAGGAAUUAAUAGUAAUCAGUUUGAGGAACUUUUACAGGAACGUGACACACUGAAACAGCAAGUAAAGAAAAUGGAAGAAUGGAAGAAACAAGUAAUGACUACUGUUCAAAAUAUGCAACAUGAGUCUGGUCAUCUCCAAGAAGAACUACAAAAACUUCAGAUACAAAUUUCAGUUGACAGUGAAAACAAUUCCCAGCUACAGCUAGAAUACAAUGGCUUAAUACAGGGCUAUGAACAAAAUGAGAAAAAGUUAAAAACCUUUACUCAAGAAUUAGCCCAAGUUCAGCAGAGCAUAGGAAACCUUAAUAAUACCCGCGAUGUAAUUCUUGGAAAGCUUGAUAUGGUAACACCACCACUAUUAGUAACUUCUUCUGUUGAAGGAAAACCAUUAGAAGUUCCCAGUAAUACUUCUUCUCAGAUGUUUGACAGUGAGUGUAAAUCAGUAAAUGAGGAACUAGAAUUCACAAAGAAAACAUUGCAGGAAAAGGAUUUGCUUAUCCAGACUUUGCAAGAAAAUAAUCAGAGACUGUCUGAUUCAAUGGCUGCAUCGUCAGAGGUCGAAAGAAAGUGUCAACAGGAAUUUAGCUUGGAAAUAAAGCAGUUAAAGGAUAAAUCUGACAUUUUACAGAUGUCUCUCAAAGAAAAAGAUCUGCUGAUAAAAUCAAAAGGUGACCAGUUGCUUUCUCUGAGAGAAAAUCUUAGUAAUAAAGAGAGUGAAAAUGAGCUGCUGAAGCAAAGUGUCACUAACCUGAAAGAAAGAACGCUGAUCUUAGAAAUGGAUGUUCGUACAUUGAAGGAAGAAAAUGACAGAAUAGCGGCAAAAAGCCAGGAAAAAGAAACAGAAUUCCGAGCACUACAAGAGACAAACAUGCAGUUUUCAAUAAUGUUAAGGGAGAAGGAAUUUGAACAUAAUUCCAUGAAGGAGAAAGCACUUACGUUUGAAAAGAUGUUGAAAGAAAGAGAACAGGGGAAGACAGGAGAACUAAACCAGCUGCUAAAUGAAGCCAAGUCAAUGCAUGAAAAAGCUGUUGCCUUUCAGCAAGAGCGAGAUCAAGUCAUGUUGGCCCUCAAACAAAAACAAAUGGAGACUAGCGCGCUACAGAAUGAGGUGCAGUAUUUACGUGAGAAGGAGCAGCGAUUAAAUCAAGAGCUAGACAGGUUACGUAAUCAUCUUUUGGAAAGGGAAGAUACCUCCACACGUGAAGCUUUAGCCGCUGAGGAUCGGGAAUCAAAGCUAAAAAAGAAAGUCCGCGAUUUGGAGGAAAAGCUUCAGUCUUCAUCAACUGUAGCGGAAAAUGUCAGCCAUCAGGCAAACAUGCAGGUGGAAUCUCUGCAAGAACAAUUGAACCUUGUUACCGCACAAAGAGAUGAGACUAUGCUUCAACUAACACUUUCACAAGACCAAGUUAAACAGUAUGCCAUAUCCCUGACAAACCUGCAGAUGGUGCUAGAGCAAUUUCAACGGGAAGAGAAAGCCAUGUAUUCAGCUGAGUUACAAAAAGCCCAAAAGCAGACUGCAGAUUGGAAGAAGAAAGCAGAGCAGCUAGAAGACCACGUGGUUUUGUUGCAAGAAAGGUUGGAUGAAGCAAAUGAAGCUCUAGGUUCUGCAUCAAGAUUAACAGAGCAGCUAGAUCUGAAAGAAGAACAAAUUGAAGAACUUAAAAGACAAGGUACAAUCAAACAAGAAAUGUUGGAAGAUGUGCAAAAUAAAUUAAUGAACCUCAUAAAUAGUACUGAAGGAAAAGUAGAUAAAGUCUUGAUGCGAAAUCUUUUCAUUGGGCAUUUUCAUACUCCAAAGAAUAAGCGUCAUGAGGUACUAAAGCUAAUGGGAAGUAUCCUUGGAAUAAAAAAGGAUGAACUGGAGCAGUUGCUGACUGAAGAUCACAAAGGUGUUACAAAAUGGGUGACAGGUUGGUUUGGCGGAAGAGCUGCUGAAUCCAAAAGUGUCCCCAACACACCUCUCAGACCAAGCCAACAAUCAAUUUUCAACAGUUCUUUCUCAGAACUGUUUGUGAAGUUCCUUGAAACAGAAUCACGCCCAACUCUCCCCCCACCAACACUUUCUCUUGAUAACAUGAAGCCUUUAGGAAUGGCUAAUCCUUCCAGCAAUGUGGCAGGCUCAGGAGCCAGUCGAAGACCAGAUGUAAAUCCAUUCCUUGCGCCUCGAUCAGCAGCAGUCCCACUCCUCUCUCCAGCUAAUCUUGGAACAAGCGGAUCUGGGCAUCUGCUUAUGAAACCCAUUUCAGAUGCCUUGCCUACCUUCACCCCAAUGCCAGUAGCACUCGAUGCUAGUGCAGGUGCAGUCUUAAAAGACCUAUUAAAGCAAUAGACUUGGAUGGAUUGAAGAGGAAAGCACUUUAAACAUACUAUACUGUAUUGAACACAAAGAGGCCUUUUGUAAAAAGUUGUUAAUUUUCAGUAACUCUAAAAGUAAACCAUUGUACAGAUAAAAACAAAAAAGUAUUGGUGAUCUAAACCUUUUAUUCAUAAUUCUUCAACUAUGCAACACCAGUUUCUACAUACUGCUGUCAGUCUAAUCACACUUUUUCCCCUUUCCCCUUCCUCAAUAGGCAUCUGCUAUUCGUGUUAUUUUAGUGUGUCUUUAUGUAUAAAUCCAGUUUGAUGGUGAUAGAAAUAAAUGUUCUCCAAACCCAUCUGGUUUAGUAAAAUACCACUGUAGCUAUUUCCUCUCACACCUUAGAGGGCUUGCAAUGAUUAGGCAGGAACUAUGUUCUGUUGUGUGUGACAUCCCAAUUCAGUCAGAUUCUGAUCUAAUCUGGAGCAGAAUUCUGUCAAAUGAGGAACUGCAUAUUAUCCAAUUAAAGUAUCAAUCUGGAAUAUUUUGUGAUCAGAAUUGGAUCAAAAGAAAUGAUAAAGGAAAAUGAAUCAACUGAUCAAGUGUAUUUGGGGAGCAUAAAAUAUUAAAAACAAGAUCACAUAGUGUCAUCUCUCGAUGGUUAAGAGAUACUUGGCUGAGAUAGAGCAUAUACAUUAGGAGGGGUUAGCUUUGUCUUCAUUCUCUCUAUGUCUCUCUCUCUCUCUCUCUCUCUGUUUCUCUCUCUCCUCUCUCUCACACACAUACCACUCUUGAACUCUGACAUAAUUGGUUGUAGAAAAAAAAUGCUUUCUUAAAGUUCCGUAAGAACUAUAAAUGCCAUUCUUUAUUUUUUGUGCAAAAUGCUUUUGAAUUCUUAUUUAUGAGUUACCCUUUCCAAACUAAAUAGUGGUUGACCACUAUUUAGAAACCUGAUAUAUAAAUUCAUGGUGUAAGAAUGUUUAACAUAAAGUACUGUAAUGAGUUAAAUGUAUAUUUAAGAGAUAAUCAUUUAUAUUCGUAAGUUUCAGUGAGAAUUUAAGUAUGAAUAUAUGUAUAAAGCUGCAAUGAAGGGUGAUGCUUAAUCCAAAUAUGUAAAUAAGUCCAAAUAAGAACAAAUAGAUUUCUGCAAAACUAUCUGUACAGACUUGUUCUUUCCCUUUUGGAGUAAUUAUUUGAGACCCAUCACAUUUUUACUAAGUGUCUUUUUCCCAUAAAACUAUUUAUGGCAUUAUUCUUAUGAUUAGGAUUAAACAAUUUUUUUACAUCAAGUCCAGUUAGUUAUUCUUGCUGUCAAAUGGCGUAUAUCAACAGAAGAGGGUUGUGUCCCUCCCCUUCCUCAAACAAUCCCCUUAUGUUUCAAAAUAUAUAAUGGUAGAGUAAAUGGGACCAAUGUGGGGGGUGGGGGUGGAACAAGGGGAAGGAAGUAGAAAAUAAUGUUAUGUUGAAUGAACAAGUUAUUUAAUAAAACCUUGGAUUUGGGGUAGGUGAGUUUUUAAAAUUUAGAGCCUUUUUUUCUGCAAUGCUUAUUUUCUUCUCUGUUGUUUGAAUUAAUAUUUAAGUAUAAAGUGAAUCAUGAAAAUGUAGUUAGAUGCUUCCAACUGCAUCCAAAUGCAUUAGAUGCUCCCAAAUGCAUGGAAAAAGCCUUUUGUCUUUAUUUAGAAUUCCACAUCCGUACAAAUUUGCCAAUGUUUCAAAAGUGGCUAUUAAUAAUUGUUUGGGGUUUUUUUUUACUUCAUUUUCUUAAGAAAAGUUUUCAUUGUUUCUGUUUUUUAUACAUUGGAAGAAGAUGUUUUAUUCAAAACAGAAAAUGAGGAAUGGAUUGUGGUUUAGGAACUUUAUAUCAAUUUCUGGAAAGUUAAUUCUCAAUAUUAAUUCAUAAGCAAUUUUUACUAUAGCUAUACAUUUUUCCAAUAGAUUUCAAAGAUAUUUUAUAUAUCUAUAUUCUUUUGCAUACAUUUUUAUAUCAACGUUUUUAGUAUAAGAUUGUUUAUUGCUUAUGAAUGUAACUGAUGGUACCUAAGAACAAGUAGAAGCUGCAUUUAUAUACUAGUUCUUUUAUUGAGAACUCUGUACAUUUCAUAUUUAUGCAUUGCAGAUGCAUUAAUAUGGGUACAAAUUCAGGUUGUUGGGAUAUUACCAUUCCUAUUUAAUCUUUAAAUAAAACCCAUAAACCUUAGCAUUGUCAAGAAGGAGAUGAAAGCUUCUUUACAAUAGUCCAAAAACUAAUUUGCAGAAUUGCUAACAUAAAUUGAAUGAUUUAUGAGAUUGAAACACUUAUCUUUUGCACGCAAUUUAGUUCAUACAGUCCUUUAUUACAUAUAAUCCAACUUGUUGCCCAAUAGCUUGUAAGAAAAUAUUAUUUAGAAGCAUUAAAUAAAAAUACUAAAAUAAGAUUGUGGUUAUAUUAAAGAUAAAUUUUCUUGUCUUUUCCUGAAAUAAUGCUUUUUUAUCAUGAAAAUACAGGACUUGGUAUCAUUAGAUCAGACCUUUGCAAUCCUAAUUCUAGUAUUUUCAUUUUGCUUUGAAGAAAUUCUAGACAUGCAAACUUAUGUCUGAUUGUGGCUCAACACUACUACAAAAUAAUGUUCAUUCUAAUUGAAAAUGAUACAGAUGGAUGACUUUCUGGAUUCAUAUUUGUGAGUGUUUAAAUACCUAUCCAUACAUAAAUAUUUGGAUUUAAAUUUAGGAGCAUAUCCAUAGGAAAUGAAUGUAUGGUAAUACAUAAAUAUAUCUAUAGAUAUAACCUCAUGAAUGGUACUUUAUCAUUAUGGUAAUACACACAGAUAUACAAAUGAUUACAUAAAGGAUGUGCUUUCAGAGUGGUUUCAGUGAAUUUUGUUUUGUUCUUUUGUUAACAAUAACAUUAAAACAGUUUAGGAACUUAAAUCUAAAGGGCAGACAGAUGAUAUUAGGAAAUUAAUACUACGGGGCUGUAGUGUACAUCCAUAUUUGAUAUUUGACAAUAAUUAUUUUAAAUUAAUGAUUAAGUUACAGAUAUUUGUUUAUAAAGUCACUUCUUGCAGUUACUGUAAAUUAAGAGUGUUUUAAAUAAAAGUGUUUAAAUAUAACAGUGUUUUAAAUAAAAAAUAGGUCAAUUUUUUCUUUUCAUUAUGCCUAACUAUCUUAACUAUGAUAUACUUAUUUUUUUUUAGUUGGGUAUUUUGUCACUAAGUCGGUUUUCCUAAUACUCCAUCCUUCAUAUGGAACAAAUAUCCUUGUUUGAAAGUGUCCCAAAAGAUGCAACUAGAAGGGCUGAGGAUGGGUCCAAAAUGCUAAACUGUUUUAAAAAUAUGAAAUUGCUUGAAAGCAAAAUAACUGAGAUUCAUAUUGGAGGAGGUUUGAGAUUAAUAUUUCUUGAUAACAGAAUAAAAUAAUG